AUGGGAAAAAUUCCUCCUGCAUUUCGUUCCGCACUCUCUAACCCUAACCUAAUCAAGCCAUCUUCUUCCAAACCCCGUCAUUUCCCCAACAAAACACCUUCCAAUUUCCCCGCUAAAUCCCGAAAAUCCCAACCACAACAACCCCAACCUACGAAACCCUUGUCCCCAUUCAAAUCCCCAAAUCUCCAAGACGCUAAAACCCUUUUCAAUUCCAUCGUUGACACCUCUAAUGCCCCCAAUGAUUUCCGCUUCCAUAAUUCCCUUCUUCAAUCCUACGCUUCUAUUUCCACCAUCAACGAUUCCAUCGCUUUUCUCCGUCACAUGACCAAAACUCACCCUUCUUUCUCCCCUGAGAAAUCCACUUACCAUAUCUUGCUUACCCAAUCCUGCAAAUCCGCUGAUUCCACUCUUUCCCCAAUUCAUCAAACCCUAAAUUUGAUGGUUUCUGAUGGUGUAAGUCCUGAUAAAGGUACUGUUGAUUUAGCUGUUCGGUCGCUUUGUUCGGCUGGUCGUGUAGAUGACGCGGUUGAGUUGAUCAAAGAGUUGUCUUUGAAGCAUUGUGUGCCUGACAUUUACACUUUCAAUCUCCUUGUUAAGAAUCUAUGUAAGUGCCGCACAUUGAGCUCUGUCUAUAGUUUUAUUGAAGAAAUGCGUAGCAAAUUUGAUGUGAAGCCUGAUCUUGUUACUUAUACAAUUCUGAUUGAUAAUGUAUGUAACACUAAGAAUUUGCGCGAGGCUAUGAGGUUGGUCAAGGUUCUCCACGAGGAAGGUUUUAAACCAGAUUGUUUUGUUUAUAAUACAAUUAUGAAAGGUUAUUGUAUGCUCAGUAGAGGGAGUGAGGCAAUUGAGGUUUAUAAUCAAAUGAAGGAUAAUGGGGUGGAGCCUGAUCUUGUUACUUAUAACACAUUGAUUUAUGGGUUAUCGAAAUCGGGUCGGGUUUUGGGAGCUAAGAAGUUGUUGCGUGUUAUGGCGGAAAAGGGUCAUUUCCCUGAUGAGGUGACUUAUACGUCUCUGAUGAAUGGGAUGUGCAGGAAAGGUGAGUCCUUGGCUGCAUUGGCAUUGUUGGGAGAGAUGGAAAUGAAGGGCUGCAGUCCGAAUUCGUGCACGUAUAACACGUUGUUACAUGGGUUGUGUAAGUCUAGGCUGUUUGAUAAGGCCAUGGAGUUGUAUGAAAUGAUGAAAUCAGAUGGUCUGAAGCUUGAUAUGGCUUCUUAUGCUACAUUUGUCAGGUCAUUAUGUAGAGUUGGUAGAAUUGCAGAUGCUUUUGAAGUAUUUGAUUAUGCAGUCGAAAGCAAGAGUUUGACAGACGUUGCCGCAUACACGACAUUGGAGAGCACACUUAAAUGGUUCAAGAAAGCAAAAGAAGAAGGCCUUAAAGUUUAA